AUGGUCUGGGGCAGUAUGUCAUCAAAAGAACGAAUUGGUUUCAGAGGAAACGCGUACUCACUGAUCGAAGGUUAUUUGUCAAAUCGCCCACAAUCUGUGCAGAUAUCAGGAUCAUUUAGUAAAGAAAUGUAUAUUAAGUGUGGUGUCCCACAAGGAACUGUCUUAGGUCCGCUGUUAUUCAAUAUAUAUUUAAAUGAUAUUUUCCAAAUUAAUUGUGUUGGCAAAAUAACUAGUUUUGCAGAUGAUACUGCAAUAUUAUAUGAAGGCACUGACUGGUCUGAUCUGAAAAAUUGGUUUAACAGUAGAAAAUUAAGCAUUAACUACUCUAAAACACAUUUUUUACCAUUUGGAUCUUAUGCUAGACAUCUGCCAAAUUACACAAAUUUCUCCUUCAAUAUUAAUGAUCAAAAAAUGCAAAUUAAUAGAGUGCCCAACAUAAAAUACCUUGGAGUGGUCUUGAAUCCUCACUUACGAUGGGACAUCCAUGUCAAUUAUAUUUUAAAGAAGGUUAGAUUUGUAUCCUACAAAAUUAAAUACCUUGGGAAUAUAUUGACAGAAAAAUAUCUUCAAACAUUAUACCAUGCACUGAUUGAGCCUCAUCUCAUAUAUGGUAUAUUAGCAUGGGGAGCUGCAUGUUCCUCACAUAUCUAUAAUUUAGAUGUUUUUCAAAAAAGUAUUCUAAGACAGCUUUAUUUCUUACACAGUAUUACUCACUACCAUAAAUUUGUAAACACCGACCAAAAAAUUAAACAUAAUCAUUAUACCAGGUACAAAAUUCGUGGCACAGUAGUUCCUCAACCGCAUAAAUCUAUAAUGCAGCGAUCAUAUCUCUAUUUAGCGCCUAAAUUUUAUGAAAUUAUACCUAAAGACUUAAAAGAUUUACGUUUCGGAAAUUGUUUCAAAAGAAAAAAGUUUGAAGAACGAUGUGUAUGA